CCUGCUUUUCACACCCUUUAUUAUUAAUCUGCUGCAGACAGAAUAAAAACUCUGUAGGGCUGGAUUUCUUUUGAAAAGUAUUACUUUUUUGAUUUAUUCACUUUUUUUUGUUUGUUUGUUUUGUUUUCUUCUUCUUAAGGAUAGAACAUAGUUUUGGAAGCGAUUGCUGAGAAGAUCAACCACUGUUGGCCAGGGUGAUCUCUGAGAGGCACAGAGGGCUGUAACUCAAGGAAAAGGUUUUAAGACCCGGAGGAUACAAUGUUCACUAAACUCUUCCAGCAGUGGAGUUUCGCCGUGUUUCUGCUGAGUUAUUCCGUGCCCUCUUACGGGAGAUCGGUGGAAGGGAUCAGCCGCAGACUCAAACGGGCUGUAUCAGAGCACCAGUUAUUGCAUGACAAGGGCAAGUCAAUCCAAGACUUAAGAAGAAGAAUAUUCCUUCAAAAUUUAAUUGAAGGUGUCAACACUGCAGAAAUCCGUGCAACUUCUGAGGUUUCACCUAACCCUAAGCCUGCUACCAACACGAAGAACUACCCUGUCCGAUUUGGUAGUGAAGAUGAGGGCAGAUACCUAACUCAGGAGACAAACAAAUCACAGACCUACAAGGAGCAGCCCCUGAAGGUUUCAGGGAAGAAAAAGAAAGCAAAGCCUGGAAAACGUAAGGAACAAGAGAAGAAGAAGAGACGAGCCCGCUCAGCUUGGCUAAAUUCUGGCAUGUAUGGAAGCAGUGUGACCGAGAGCCCACUCUUGGACAACUCUGUUACUACACAUUAUCACACUUUAAGGAGGCGCUGAUAUUUUCAGCAAGAAAUUUUUGGAAGACAUAUUGCAGUAUUCUGUAAUAGUGAACGUAUGGGAAGUAUUAAAAUAUUUAUUACCUGUAAAUAUUGUAAAUGCUCAGAAUAAAACCUUUUCCCCCCAUUGCUCUCUGAAACUGCACAUUUGGUUAUUGUGAAUUUUCUUUUUUUUUUUUUUUUUUUUUUUUUGCUAAGGCUAAGACAAUUAUUAUUGUCACAUUUACCAUAAUUUAUUUUGUUGACCGGUGUAUUUAUUUUGUGAACGUAUCUUGGUGCUGCUGACUUUCUAUAUUUUUUGUAACAUAAUGCACUUUAGAUAUACAUAUCGAGUACAUUGAUAACUGACAUAAAAUGUUCCUGUUUUGUUGUUGACUUCAGUGAAUGCCUACAUACAAUUGUUCAAACUGAUUUUCCUUUGUGCAUGUAUAAUAGCAGUAUUUUAAAAUU